CUGACGUCAUCUACCUACGAGCACAAACACGGAACUAACGUGGAUUUUGGUGCUUCGCGAAUUAGCUACAUUAUAUGUAGUUAGUUAGUUAUAGUUUAUCUAAGUAAUGGAAAAGAUUCGUGCACGCUUAAAUAUCGGAAGCAAAGCAGAGCCUGUUAAACUGAGGAAACGAAAAUCCCAACUAUAUAGUAAAGAAGAAACAUGUCCUCUUGAUAAUGGUGUAUUGGGGGUCACUGUCUUCACUGUGGCAUUUCGUCUCAUCAACUGCUUCCUAGUCCAGACCAGCUUUGUCCCAGAUGAAUACUGGCAGUCCCUCGAAAUCGCUCAUCUUAUGGUUUUUGACUAUGGCUAUUUGACGUGGGAGUGGACAGCAGGUAUAAGAGGGUUCUCCUACCCUCUCUUCUUUGCAGCUAUAUAUAAGAUUUUGCACUUCUUCACCUAUGACGCAGUUCAACUCUUGUAUAUAUUGUGGAUUCUGCAGGUAUGGCUACCUCGAGUUGUGCAGGCACUGCUUUCUGCACUGGCUGAUAUUAAACUCUACUGUCUUAUCCAAUCACUGGAGCAUUCUGACGUUGCCAAAUGGACGUACCUCUGCCAGCUCUGUUCUUGGUUCACAUGGUACUGCUGCACCAGGACCCUGACCAACACCAUGGAGACCACACUCACAACUCUGGCUCUCUAUUACUAUCCUCUGCCUGGCUCUAAAACACACAGCAGUACAAAAUAUUUGAUCCUGGUUGCCUUGGCAGUCAUUGUUCGUCCAACAGCCUUGAUUGUGUGGCUUCCUCUGUUGGUUUACCACUUCUGGCAGGAAGAUAACAAGCUGAAACUCAUAACUCACCUUUGCCUUCCCAUUGGGGCUUUAACUCUUGGGAUUUCGACACUGAUUGACUGCAUUUUCUAUGGAAAGUGGACCCUGGUGCAGUACAACUUCCUUAAGUUUAAUGUUUUUCACAACGUGGCUGAGUUCUAUGGCUCUCAUCCAUGGCACUGGUACUUUACUCAGGGUUUUGUGGUCGUCAUUGGCCCUCAUCUUCCUUUCUUCCUGUAUGGAUGCACACUGGCUUCAAAAAGAUACAGAAUCAUGUUAAUAACAAUAGUCUGGACAGUAAUGGUUUACAGUUGUCUUGCGCACAAGGAGUUCAGAUUCAUCUACCCUGUUUUGCCUUUCUGCAUGGUAUUUUGUGGGAUAGCUUUGGUGAAUCUGAGAACCUGGAGACGGCCUGCCGCAUGUGCCUUAUUGGUCUCCAACCUAGUCCCAGCCCUGUACACAGGUCUGCUUCACCAGCGAGGCACACUGGAUGUUAUGGGUCACCUCCAGACCCUGUGUGACGACAGAGAUCCUUCAACACCUCCACUGCCUGAAGUUCUCUUUCUAAUGCCCUGUCACUCUACACCUUUCUACAGUCACAUCCACUGUCCAAUGAAGAUGCGUUUCCUAGAAUGUCCACCAGAUCUCACAGGAGACAAGCGCUAUGUCGAUGAAGCUGAGAGAUUCUUCGCUGAUCCUCAUCAUUGGUUGAGGACCUCAUUUCCUUAUAAGUCAAUGCUGCCAACCCACCUGGUGUUCUUUGAUGUUUUGGAGAUGGAGCUCUCUGCAUUCUUGGACAGGAAUAGAUUUAUGAGAAGUAGAGAAAUAUUCCACACUCACGUUCCUGAAGGCCGAGUUGGAAAAAGCGUCCUAGUUUAUCAAAGGCACUGAAGAGAAUGAGAAUACAUUUAAGAAGCAAAGAUUUUCCCAUACUCAUGUAUCUCAAGGACAAGUUUGAAGAAGGAUCCUAGUUUACAAAAUGCACUGAACAGAACCAUCUUGACCAUUGGCACGAGCCAUUGGGAAGUUAAUCAAAAUGGAUCUGUAUUGUAAAGGAAUAAAUUAUAAUUAAAACUGAAGAACAGAUUGAUCUUUUAAACACUGAAAAUAAUGCAACACUUAGCCAGACAGUUUACUAUAUUAGGGGGGAAAAGAAGCAGUCAAUAUUCACUUAUUUUAUUGGGAAGCUGCAAUUCAUUUUUAACAGCACAUCUGUAAAUGAAAGGAAAUAACCAGCCUUAGUAAAACAAGCCAUAGUUGGAAUGUUACUGAACACAGUUGCACUUUAUUUCACCAUUUUAAACAAAUAUGUAAUGUAGCAGCAAAGUAUAGAAAUCAACUGCGGAACCGGCUUCUUGCAUUAUUCAAUACUAUGUGAAAAAAAGUAUCUGUGGUUUUACUGCUCUUCAAUGCCACUGACAAAAAUACUAUUUAUUUCCAUUGUUGGAUCCAUCCAAUGAAUCAUUCAUUCACAAUAGGCCUAAAUGUAGACAAAUAGUAAAACUUUAAAAAAAGGCCCAAAGAGAGGAAAUGUUGUGCAAAUUACAGUCAGUGAUGGCUCUUAAAAAGAACAUGUAACAAAUGACCUGAUGACAAUGAAUGUGUACUACAGAGU